AUGCGGUUACCAUUUUCAGCCUUGGGGCCUCUUUUCCUGUUGUCCUCUUUGGCAGCGUCACUCUCAGUCCCGUCAACAUCCAACAAUAAAAUUUUGGCGCGAUCUUUACUGAAUUUCCAGAUUUUUCUGUCAUAUAAGGAGGCGAAUAUUUGUGAGACUACAAAUGGCGUCAAAUCGUACUCCGGUUAUGUUCACAUACCUCCCAAUUCAGACGAGGGCCGAGAUUACCCCAUAAAUACAUUCUUCUGGUUCUUUGAAGCCCGGAAAGAUCCAGAGAAUGCACCUUUGUCCCUGUGGCUACAGGGUGGACCCGGAGCACCAUCAGUAACAGCAGCGGUUGGAGAAAAUGGUCCUUGCAAAAUCGGAAAGGAUUCUAAAAGCACCAUAUCGAACCCAUGGUCAUGGAACAAUGAGGUCAACAUGCUUUACCUGGACCAGCCAGUCCAAGUUGGCUUCUCCUAUGAUACUCUGAUCAAUGGUACCAUUGAAGAAACGGCUUCACCAUUUCUGGUCACCCCAUUCAAUGCAACCGAAGGAAACCCGAAGUUGAACACCACUCAUCUCGCUGGAAUAUUUCCAAGCCAGAAGGUCUCCAACACGGCAAACACAACGCAAACAGCUGCACUGGCGGCAUGGCACUUCAUGCAGAUCUGGAUACACGAAUUUCCCAAGUACAAACCAAAGCAGAAUAAAUUCAGCAUUUGGUCCGAAAGUUAUGGAGGACAUUACGGCCCAACAUUCUCCGAUUUCUUCAACACACAAAAUCGUCGCAUAGCGGAUGGAAGCAUCAAGAAGGGCUCGGCUGUUCCCUUGAACCUAGAAACGGUUGGGCUGGUCAAUGCCUGCAUUGAUAUCCUGACACAAAUGCCAACUUACCCAGAAUUUGCCUUCAACAAUACCUAUGGUAUCAAAGCUAUCAACGAAAGUCAAUAUCAGUUCGCCGUCGAUAGUUUCCCAGAGUGUCGCGAACAUGUGCAAGCUUGCCAUACAGCUGCAGAUCAGUACGACCCAUUGGCCUUGGGGAAUAAUGCGACUGUGAACAAGGCAUGUAAGGACGCUUAUGACUUUUGUUUCGCAAGUAUGUGGAGCCAUUAUGAUGGAACAAAGCGAAAUGUCUUUGACAUUACUGCCACGAUUCCAGAUUCUUUCCCACCCAAAUAUGCCGCUGGGUAUCUGAAUACCAAAGAGGUCCAGACCGCACUUGGCGUUCCACUUAAUUUCACCGGCUACUCGCCUGCUGUUAGCACUGGUUUUACCGUCACUGGUGACUUCAUCCGAGGGAGAAAUCUUGCUAUCCUCGGGGAACUAUUGGACCGAGGAGUGAAAGUCGCUAUGAUGUAUGGAGACCGUGACUAUCAAUGUAACUGGUUGGGAGGCGAGCGGAUCAGUCUUGCGAUCGAGUCGAAAAUCAGUGCAGACUUCAAAAAGGCUGGGUAUGCCGACAUUCUGCUCAACGACACGUACUCUGGAGGCUCGGUCCGCCAGUAUGGAAAUUUGUCCUUCUCCAGGGUUUAUGGAGCCGGGCAUGAGGCCAGCUGGUACCAACCAGAAACCGCCUACCACAUUUUCAACCGCGUCAUGUCAGAUGUUGACGUCUCGACCGGGAAAGUGCCUACCGUAGGCUUGCCAACAUAUAGCACGAAGGGUCCGUCCUCGGUCUUCAGCAUCAAAAGCGCAAUGCCAGAUCAUCCUCCAGCAGAAUGCUAUUUCUGGGACAUCAUGGAGACAUGCACCCCGACUCAGGCCAAGAUGUUCAACAACGGGACUGCGAUUAUGAAGGAUUUUGUGAUGAUUGGAUAUGUCUCGAGCAAUGGAACUGCUGUUUAUUACUAG